UGUACACAUAGUACCGAUAUACAACGAUAAGACAACAUAUCAAAUACAUCUUAUCAGUUCAGUGCGAUUGUACGGCGAAAGUGGGUGCUCGGCUGUAUAUAUUUUUUUAAGAGAAAAAUGCGCGCCACUUGUUUUGGUUUAUUAUUUUUAAUUUUGUAUAGUGUUAGAGGCCAAGACGUAAACAAUGAAACGAACUUGGGGGAGAACUAUAAAUUACUAAAAUUGAGUGAAGUUUGUACAUGUAGUGAGAUACCGGACGUGGACGGUACUCAUUUGGUUCUGAAUAUUUUGUGCUCGGAGUUGGACAGGAUUGAGAAUGUGGCUGAUUUGGAUAAGAUAGAAUGGCCGCCCAACCCUAAUGGAUUGAAGAUAUCGGCUGCCUUUGAAGGACUGGGACUCACCACUAUUGGCAAGUUACCACCGAAUUCCCAGGUGGAAUCGCUACGGUUCAGUAAUAACGCGAUUAAGACGUACUGGCCUGACCCAUUCAGCGAUGUUCCCAACCUGACCAAACUGUCCUUCGCACAGAACGACCUCAGGACCAUCACCCCAGACUUGUUCACCAAGAUAGAUAGGCUGGAAGACCUCGACCUAUCUUAUAACAAAAUCACAGAUUUCAAUCCAUUGGAUUUUAAACACUUGCGCAUGGUGAAAAGGUUGAAUUUACAAAGUAACCAAUUAUCUAAAAUUCCUUUGGAGGCGCUUCUACCGAUGACCGCUUUGGAGGAUUUAGAUUUGAGUAAGAAUGGCAUCUACGAUUUGCUACUGCAGAGGACUGAUGGGGUCGGCUUGAGCGGUCUGAAGAGGUUUUAUUUGAACAGCAACAGAAUACGAUCAGUGACCAAACACUCGUUUCCAAUUGAUAAUAAACUGGAACUUUUAGAUCUGUCCAAUAAUCUAAUCGAGAUUAUAGAUGAAGAUGCUUUCUAUUCGUGUGCCAAUUUAAAAGAACUGAACCUAGGACAAAACAACAUAACGCUAGUUUUUCAAUUGCCACCGGCGCUGCAAAUAGCAAUAUUCAAAAUCAACACUUUCUAUCACUGGCCUACGUUUCCUGGCGGCAUAAAGUAUAUUGAUCUAUCGUACAACAGAUUAUCAGCUUUAUACGACGAGACUAAUGUUAAUUUUGAGACUUUAGAGAUUUUAAAAGUAGGUGGUAAUCAGAUUAAGAACUUAGACAUUCAGAAGAGCUUACCCAAUCUUUUUAUCCUGGACAUUUCAUAUAAUCUGUUCAAUGAGAUCCCGAAGACUUUGAGCGAGCAAUACUUUCCCAACUUAGAAGAGUUGCGUUUAGAUGGCAAUCCUAUAAAGAGCAUAUAUUUUAACAAUGUGAUAGUUCUAAAAAGGUUACAUAUGAAUGAUUUGGAUAAAUUAGUGAAAGUGGAUGAUAAAGCUUUCAGUAACGUAGUGGGCAGGAAUGAAGACGAGAUAGAAGAGGAAUCUAGGUGUUUUUAUCUCUAUCUGUCGAACUGCCACUCUUUAAACGAGAUUCACGUGGGCGCGUUUGAAGGGACUGCUGUGUGUAUGCUGGAUUUAAGCAAGAACAAUUUGACGAAUCUCCCCCGGGACCUCCUGCGGUGGUCCAGCGUCCGCGAGGGCGUGAACCUGCAGCACAACCCCUGGCGCUGCACCUGCCACCUGCAGUGGAUGAUCGACCACCUGCUGCCGCUGCUCUACAACACCAACUCUUCCUACCUGCUCGACGAUCUCAGAUGCGGCUCCCCUCGCGCGUACGAGCACCUGCGGCUGGUGCACUGGUACAACUGGACGGACCGCGCCAUGUGCAGCGACGGCUACCUCAGGGCGGGGCCCCACGAUACGUAUAUUUUGGAGGCUUCGACUGAAGGAAAUCCGUUCAACGUAAGUACUAUGACUCUAAUCCUCAGCGUUUGUAUCCUAGUCUCUGUGUUAGUAGCUGUUGCGCUUACAAUCUACCUCAUUGCAACAAGAAAACGAUACAGGAUACGCAGAGCAGCGCUUAAGCGGAAACGGCAAAGCGCUAUCGACGCUAAACAUACCAAUGGGACAGAGAAAGAAAAAUUUGGUGCUUUUAAUAAAACGUGAGUUGAAUAUUUAACAUUGUGACAAAAGUUUUAAAAACAAAUAGAAGCAUUUUAGAAUUUUUAUGUGGGCUUUAAAGACCAAAAUUAAUUGAAUAGUAAAUAAGCUUAUUUAAUAUAGUAUUAAUUAAUGAUAGGAAAGAAAGAGAUAUACAUAUACUUUAAAAAAAUUAUGUGAAUUUGGUUGAAUUCACUACAGAAACUGAUUCAUUA